CCCUGGAAGGUUCAUACGCGUUAAUACAGACAAUUACAAGCGUGUGGCAGUAUAUAAGUGCGAUUGUGUCAUUUAAAUCCCUUAUUAGUUAUCUUUUGCUUUACGUUUGAGUGGUUUCCCGCAGCGUGAAUGUAGAAGUAAACUGUGUAUGAGCUGUUUAGUAAAUUACCGCUUCGCUUUUUCCUCCUCAGCUGGUCACUUAGCGGCUAGCAUCAGUGACUGCUAGUUGGUAGCUAUGGCUGCAGUUAUUCUGAGUUUCCCAACUCUGCAGGGACUGAGGAUAUUCACACAAAAAUUGUCAUGGACCAAAAGAGGCGUGAGGCUUGUUUCAGGAGGGGUUGGAAGGAUAGAGAAGGUGCUGAUUGCCAAUCGCGGAGAGAUUGCGUGUCGUGUGAUGCGCACAGCCAAGAAGAUGGGCGUCCGCUCUGUGGCUGUGUACAGUGACGCAGACAAACACUCCAUGCACGUGGCCAUGGCAGAUGAAGCCUACCACAUUGGCCCUCCGCCCUCCCAGCAGAGUUACCUCUCUAUGGAGAAAGUUUUGGAAGUGGCCAAGAAGUCUGGAUCACAUGCGGUCCACCCUGGCUAUGGCUUCCUGUCAGAAAACACAGAGUUUGCGGAGGCGUGUAAACAGGAAGGCAUCAUCUUCAUUGGGCCACCUUCCUCUGCCAUCCGAGACAUGGGCAUUAAAAGCACAUCCAAACACAUCAUGUCAGCAGCUGGGGUGCCAAUCAUUGGUGGUUACCAUGGAGAGGACCAAUCAGAUGAGAGGCUGCAAUCAGAGGCUGCCAAGAUAGGAUACCCUGUGAUGAUUAAGGCAGUCCGUGGGGGAGGAGGGAAGGGGAUGCGUAUUGCACGGUCAGACUCAGACUUCUUGGAGCAGUUGGAGUCUGCCAGACGAGAAGCCAGAAAAUCCUUCAACGAUGACGUCAUGUUGGUUGAGAAGUUUGUAGAAGAUCCCAGACACGUGGAGGUUCAGGUGUUCGGGGACAUGCACGGUAACGCUGUCUAUUUGUUUGAGAGAGACUGCAGCGUCCAAAGGAGACAUCAGAAGAUCAUAGAGGAAGCACCAGGGCCUGGUAUUAGUGCUGAGGUUCGGAGGAAACUUGGAGAGGCAGCAGUCAAAGCAGCCAAGGCUGUCAACUACGUCGGGGCAGGUACGGUGGAGUUUAUAAUGGACGCCCAGCAUAACUUUUACUUCAUGGAGAUGAACACCAGGCUGCAGGUGGAACAUCCUGUGUCUGAGAUGAUCACUGGAACGGACCUGGUGGAGUGGCAGCUCCGGGUGGCAGCAGGAGAGCGCCUGCCUCUCCUCCAGGAUGACAUCGUUUUAAGGGGACACUCUUUUGAGGCUCGAAUCUACGCCGAGGACCCGAACAACGACUUCCUUCCAGGGGCGGGGCCUCUACUGCAUCUCUCCACCCCUCCACCAGACCAACACACACGCAUAGAGACUGGAGUCAGGGAUGGGGACGAGGUGUCUGCACAUUAUGACCCGAUGAUCGCCAAGCUCGUGGUGUGGGGAGAAGACCGAUCCGCUGCCUUAAAGAAGCUGCGGUACUGCUUACGACAGUACAACAUCGUGGGACUGAACACUAACAUUGACUUUUUGCUGAGUCUUUCCGGCCACCCGGAGUUUGAGGCUGGAAACGUGACCACCAGCUUCAUCCCUCAGCACUACGCUGACCUCUUCCCAACUCCGGGAACUCCUUCUGGGGAAACGAUCUGCCAGGCGGCCCUGGGCCUGGUGCUGCAGGAGAGGAAGCACACACAGGAGUUCACACAGACCUCCACCGACCCGUUCUCCCCCUUUGGCUCCAGCAGCGGCUGGAGGAGCAACAUUCAGUUUAAUAGAAACAUGACGCUACAGCUGGGAGACAAAAAAGUUGAUGUGGUCGCCGUGUACAACAGCGAUGGAAGCUACACAAUGCAGAUUGGCGAGGAGGUGUACCAUGUGACUGGAGAGGUGGAGAUGGAAAGUGGAGCGACAUUCCUGCACUGUUCCGUCAAUGGUGUGAAGUCUCGUCCCAAACUGGUUAUCCUGGACAAUACAGUGCACCUGUUCUCCACGGAGGGAAGCUCCCAGCUGUCUGUUCCAGUGCCCAAGUAUCUGGCUGGUGUGAGUGGCUCCGGGGCCCAGGGUGGAGCUGUGGCCCCCAUGACUGGAACCAUAGAGAAGGUGCUGGUGAAGGCCGGAGACAAAGUGGCUGUAGGAGACCCGCUGAUGGUCAUGAUCGCCAUGAAGAUGGAGCACACCAUCCGGGCGCCCAAGUCCGGUGUGAUCAAGAAGGUUUUCUUCAGCGAGGGCUCGCAGGCCAAUCGCCACGCUCCUCUGGUGGAACUGGAGGAGGAGGAGGAGGCGGGGGAAGGGGAGGGGAGCAGCCAGUAGACAGACUCAAACACACAACCACACAAAUACACACUGACAGGUAGGAGAGAGCCGGAACUAGUUACUGUGACAACUGGAGAGAAAGCGAGCCAAUAGGGACGAGGGUGGUGUCGAGCCAGCACAUGAUUGAUAUUUCUUAAAGUCAGGACCUGAAUCAUCAGUUGGGAGUGAGUUUGGUUCAGUCGGGAAUGGAUGAGACAAACUCUCACCCCGGGGACCCACAAUGCAUUUAGGGAUGUCAUAAGCGGUUACACUGACCUGAAAUGUUACCUGGUUUGACAGCAGUGAAAAGGUUCAUAGUGCGGAUAAACACGGCAAAAAUCUCUCAUGUACAGUUGCCUUUUACACAUCACAAGAUUACCUUCAUUUUGAUCGUAGAACUUUUGUGUGUUUCUGUUUUUUCUUUCUUUGUUUAUGUUUGCAGUAAUCAGUGAAUCUGAAUCUUUUGGCUUUUUCCUCAGAGCUCCCCUCUGUACGGGUUUCUGUCAGUGGUGUUAGUAUAAGAGUUGGUAUUUUCUUCAUCAGUACCCUUUCGCACUGACGAGAUUGACACCCGCGUGUCAAACAGUGUACGCAUAUCUGACGCAGAAGAUGAAUAAAUAAUAAUAAAGAAAGUAGGUGGGAUGGCAAGUGAAAAAUCAGACUAAAUACUUGCAGAAUUAUGCCAUAGCGGGCUAUAGGAAUAGUUACUGAGGGGAUGGAAAACUUCACAUUUACAUGACCUUAAAAUCAACUUGUAAUGCUUUUUAGCUGGUUUGUUUUUGUGGAAAAAGGUCAUGGAGUUAUUGACCUAGUCAGUCCGAUAAGAGCCAUGUAUGUGUGAUAAUGUGGAUCCUUUUUGAGUUUAGAAAACUGUCCUACCACUUGUAAAUAUCAUAAAAGCUCCCAGUAUUUAAUAAUGUAUUGUCUCAAAGCUUAAAGCGAGACAAAAAUGGACACUUGGAAGCCGCACCGUGACUUUCAAUGGACACAGUGGGCGUUAGAGAAAAGAGGCUGAACUUAUUACUGCUGUGGGAAUAGAUUGUAUUGGGGUUUGUUGAUUUCCAGUUUUUCAAAAUUUACAUUGUGUCCUUCCAGACUGAAACCGCAGAGGUCGGCUGUAAGCCCGCUGUGGAGGACAUCAUAACGUUGCACUUAAGAGACAGGCCUUUAAAUCUGGGCGGCAGAAAAACACUCCAGAAUUAGUAAAUGAUUCCCAACUUUCACGACGGACUCGGCUUUGAUUUUAAAAUAACCCGUAAAGGAUGAAAUGUCGGUCAGGGGGGGCUUUAAACAGACGGUUUGUUUCUGUGUAAAUCCGCCAUCAGCACAACUGAUUUAACUCGCAGACGACAUGUGAAAUUGACCCGUUUCUGCUGAUCUCCUGCUUUCCUUACUAACUGGUGUGUUAUGAGGCCUUGUAGACUAAAAGUAAUAAACACCUGUGUUCAUUUUGUAGAUGUUUGACAGAUGAUUUGUUUGUGUUUUUUAAAUGAUAUUGAACUGGUCAGAUACUGCAAUAAAAAUAAUUAAAAAAA